AAUUUCACAUUUUUCAUUUAAUUUCAGUUCAAAAUGCUGUUCGGAGCAGCCCAAUCGGCCUUUAAAAGUUUGCGCCAAACCACACCACGUGUUCGUGUUUUCUUGUACAACAAAAAUGCCUACUCCACUCAGGUUGAAUACAAACCCAUUCGCUCCGUGUUGGUCGCCAACCGUGGUGAAAUUGCCAUUCGUGUUUUCCGUGCCUGUACCGAAUUGGGCAUCAAAUCGGUAGCUAUCUACUCAGAACAGGACAAGAUGCACAUGCAUCGCCAAAAAGCCGACGAAUCCUAUUUGGUUGGCAAGGGCUUGCCCCCAGUAGAAGCUUACUUAAACAUUCCAGAAAUCAUUCGUGUUUGCAAAGAGAACGAUGUGGAUGCUGUGCAUCCCGGUUAUGGUUUCCUUUCGGAACGCAGUGACUUCGCCCAGGCUGUUAUCGAUGCUGGUCUUCGCUUCAUUGGCCCCUCACCUAAAGUUGUCCAACAGAUGGGUGAUAAAGUUGCUGCUCGUAUUGCUGCCAUUGAGGCUGGUGUGCCAAUUGUACCCGGUACCGAUGGCCCCGUAACCACAAAAGAAGAAGCCUUGGAAUUCUGCAAGAAACAUGGUCUGCCAGUUAUUUUCAAAGCUGCCUAUGGUGGUGGUGGCCGUGGUAUGCGUGUCGUUCGUAAAAUGGAUGAAGUCGAGGAAAUGUUUAUGAGAGCCAGUUCUGAAGCUAAGGCCGCUUUCGGCAAUGGCGCUAUGUUCAUUGAAAAGUUCAUCGAACGUCCCCGUCACAUUGAAGUCCAAUUGUUGGGAGACAAGGCUGGCAAUGUUGUUCACUUGUACGAACGUGAUUGCUCUGUACAACGUCGUCACCAAAAGGUCGUUGAAAUUGCGCCAGCCCCCCGUUUGCCCCAGGAAGUACGUGACCAGAUGACUGAAGCUGCUGUCCGUUUGGCCAAACAUGUAGGUUACGAAAAUGCCGGUACUGUCGAAUUCUUGUGCGACGAAAACGGUAACUUCUACUUCAUUGAAGUCAAUGCCCGUCUCCAAGUAGAGCACACUGUAACUGAAGAAAUCACCGGUAUCGAUUUGGUGCAAUCUCAAAUCCGUGUCGCCGAAGGCAUGACUUUGCCUGAAUUGGGCUACACCCAAGACAAAAUCAAACCACGUGGUUAUGCCAUCCAAUGUCGUGUUACCACUGAAGAUCCCGCCAACGAUUUCCAACCCAGCACUGGUCGUUUGGAAGUCUUCCGUUCUGGUGAAGGUAUGGGCAUCCGUUUGGACAGUGCCUCUGCAUUUGCCGGUGCCAUCAUCUCGCCAUACUAUGAUUCCCUGCUAGUCAAAAUUAUCUCACAUGCCAGUGACUUACAAAGCUCCGCCUCGAAAAUGAACCGUGCCCUGCGUGAAUUCCGUAUUCGUGGUGUCAAGACAAAUAUUCCUUUCUUGUUGAACGUCUUGGAAAAUCAGAAAUUCUUGCACGGUGUUUUGGACACAUACUUUAUCGAUGAACAUCCUCAGCUAUUCAAAUUCCGUGUAUCACAAAAUCGUGCUCAAAAAUUGUUGAACUAUUUGGGUGAAGUGUUGGUGAAUGGACCACAGACUCCAUUGGCUACUGGUUUGAAACCAGCCGAAGUUAAGCCACAUAUCCCAUCAGUGCCUUUGGAUUUAUCACCCGAGGCUAUUGAACGUGAAUCACGUGGCGAAGCUAAAGUUACCGAACCUCCAAAGGGUUUGCGCCACAUCUUAACCACCCAAGGUCCAGAAGCCUUCGCCAAGGAAGUUCGUUCCCGCAAAAACCUCAUGUUGAUGGACACCACAUUCAGAGAUGCCCAUCAAUCGUUGUUGGCCACCAGAGUACGUUCCCACGAUUUGCUGAACAUUUCGCCAUAUGUUGCUAACAAGUUCCACGAUUUGUAUUCCCUGGAAAAUUGGGGUGGUGCCACCUUCGAUGUUGCCUUGCGUUUCCUUCACGAAUGUCCAUGGGAACGUUUGGAAGAAAUGCGUAAUUUGAUCCCCAAUAUUCCAUUCCAAAUGUUGUUGAGAGGUGCCAACGCUGUUGGUUACACCAACUAUCCCGAUAAUGUUGUCUUCAAAUUCUGUGAAUUGGCUGUUCAAACUGGUAUGGAUAUCUUCCGUGUCUUCGAUUCAUUGAACUACUUGCCCAACUUGAUUUUGGGUAUGGAAGCUGCUGGCAAAGCCGGUGGUGUUGUCGAAGCUGCCAUUUCUUAUACCGGUGAUGUCAGUGACCCCAACCGCUCCAAAUAUGACCUCAAAUACUACACCAACUUGGCUGAUGAAUUAGUCAAGGCCGGUACUCAUGUAUUGUGUAUUAAGGAUAUGGCUGGUCUAUUGAAACCUCAAGCUGCCAAAUUGUUGAUUUCUGCCAUUCGUGACAGACAUCCCGAUGUUCCAAUUCACAUUCACACUCAUGACACCUCCGGUGCUGGUGUUGCCUCUAUGUUGGCUUGUGCCGAAGCUGGCGCUGAUGUUGUCGAUGUCGCCGUUGAUUCCAUGUCUGGUAUGACUUCCCAACCUUCGAUGGGUGCCAUUGUUGCCUCCCUCCAAGGCACUCCAUUGGAUACCAAAUUCGAAUUGAGCGAUGUAUCCGAAUACUCCGCCUACUGGGAACAAACCCGUACCCUAUAUGCACCAUUCGAAUGCACAACCACCAUGAAAUCUGGCAACGCCGAUGUCUACAUGAACGAAAUUCCCGGUGGCCAAUACACCAAUUUGCAGUUCCAAGCUUUCUCCUUGGGCUUGGGCGAUUUCUUCGAGGAUGUCAAGAAGGCCUACAGAGAAGCCAAUUUGUUGUUGGGUGAUAUCAUUAAAGUCACUCCCUCAUCCAAGGUCGUGGGUGAUUUGGCUCAAUUUAUGGUGCAAAAUAAAUUGUCUGCCGACGAAGUUUUGGAAAAGGCCGAAGAAUUGUCAUUCCCCAAGUCGGUUGUUGAAUUCUUGCAGGGUUCCAUUGGUAUACCUCAUGGUGGCUUCCCAGAGCCUUUGCGCUCCCGUGUUCUCAAGGACAUGCCACGCAUUGAGGGCCGCCCUGGAGAGAAUUUGGCCCCCUUGGACUUUGACAAAUUGAAGAAGGACCUUAAAGAAAGCCAUCCUCACAUUACUGAACGUGAUGUCAUGUCCGCUGCCUUAUAUCCCGCUGUUACCGAAGAAUACUUGCACUUCCGCGAGUCAUAUGGCCCCGUAGACAAAUUGGAUACCCGCAUUUUCCUCACUGGACCAAAGGUUGGCGAAGAAUUCGAAGUUAAUCUCGAAAAGGGUAAGACAAUCAGCUUGAAGACCUUGGCUAUGGCCGAAGAUUUGACCGCCAAUGGUGAACGUGAAGUCUUCUUCGAAAUGAACGGCCAAUUGCGUUCCGUGUUGAUUCGUGACAAGGAAGCUGUUAAGGAAUUGCACAUCCACCCCAAGGCCUCCAAGAGCAACAAGAACGAAGUUGGUGCUCCCAUGCCCGGUACUGUGAUCGAUGUUCGCGUCAAGGAAGGCGACAAAGUUGAAAAGGGUCAACCAUUGGUAGUUUUGUCUGCCAUGAAAAUGGAAAUGGUUGUCCAAGCUCCCAAGGCUGGUGUUGUUAAGAAGUUGGAAAUUUCCAACGGCAUGAAAUUGGAGGGCGACGAUCUGUUGAUGACCGUUGAAUAGGCUGGUCCCAUAUAACGAUUAUUACCCCUCUCAUU